AAGCUGGAUGCGGAAUGUCGCACUUUCGAUUAUUUCUCUGUACAACUGUGCUCUCCAUUCAUUCCAUCCAUUUGAUGACAACAGAGAGACGACACAUAUUCAAAAAUCUUCAAAAAGAAUUUAACCAAGAAACCUUAAACAUGAAGUUUGUGAGAGAGUGCCCUGUGUGCCUGAACGAAUACUCCCAGCUGGGCAAGCACCUCAGACAGACACACAGAGUCAAGAAUGAGACAGAGAGGAAAAUCCUCCUCAAGCUGGGCUCUGGAAGAACAGACGUCAGGACUGAACGUUGCAGCGUUGGAGGAUGUGACUACCAGGGGUCCCGGCUUGACCGCCACAUACGUGAAAUUCACUCGGAGAUGACUGUAGAGGAGAGGGCCAAGAUGAUGGAGAUCACAAAGCAGAUGAAAGCCAUCAAAGAAUUGGCAGCGCUGCGGAUGACGGACCCGGUGCCAGCAAUGGCCACAUAUCUGGAUCCAGUUGAUGAAGAAACAGAAGUCUUGUGUCUGGGAGAUGAUGAGGCUCCCCGCGACUGUGGGAAUGAGGAGUGCGGUGAGGUGAGGAGAGGAUACGUCAGGGAGUUGGCCAGGCUCACGACUCUGCAUGACCAAACAUUGCAGGACAUGGGAGCCCUGAGACUACAGAUCCAGCUGCUGAAGAGGAAGCUCGCUGACAGUCGCUACCAAGUGAUGAUACCACACAGCAGGAGAGCAAGAGCAAGGAGGGAGGCUGCUGUGGAACAGCUGUUUCGAAACUCAGAGGAGGUUGCGGAGGAGGACGUGGAGGACGUUGUUGCUGUUGCAGAGGACGUUGUUGCAGAGGACGUUGCGGAGGAAGCAACUCUGCCAGCCCCCAACAAGGAGGAACAGGUGUACAUCCCGAAGCAGAGGAAAGCGACAAGUAGGAACGUUAAUUCCCCCUGGAUGGCUGGCAGCGGACGGGGAAAUGUGAUGAGGAGAAUUAAGAUGCCUCCUUCCAUGGAAGAGUACCUCCAAAACUUUGGUAAGUUACAUGAGGGCACCAAUCCAACUAGGAAAAUGAGAGAAAACGCGAAGUCGAAAGUGAGCCGUGUGAAAACCUUCAUUUUAUUCAUGGGAAAUAAACACAAGAGGUUGUCCGACUGGCUGUUCAUGGACAACCCCGUCAAGCUGAAAAAAUGGUGUAAUAAGCUUGCAAGGGGCAUGCAGGAGACCACGGUGGAGUUCUACUUAAAAAACAAUUUGCAGUUUUUGAAUUACAUGCAGCAGACUCCGCCGCGGUCAUCUAGGCUCACAAAGGUCAACAUGACCGCUGUCAUACGAGACAUAAAAGUCGCCCUGAAAAGCCUGAAGAGGUUGCUGGUGGUCCACCAAACGUCAGUUAAGCAGGAGAAAUACUCUAAGCUGCCAGGGUGUGAGGCCAUCACUGAGAAGGAGGAGGGAAUAGUGUAAAUGUGUAAAUAUAGUG